AGACGUUUCAAUUCAUGGCCUUCGUACAACCACUCGUCCUCGUUAACAGCGCAAAUGCAAAGUGGACGACUACACAGGAAAAGUCCAUAAAUCGUGAUUACCCGUUCACGGACCUCCACCUCGAGUCCCCAGAGCAGUAUGUGGUUAGAACAUAUCUCCAGUUUCUUUGGCUUCCCGAGUCCAUCAUGCCACUGAUUCUCUUGGUUCCGUCCUUGAGGCGCGUACAAGAACCUCCAUCUUCCUCCGAGUCAGAGCAUCCUUUACAUGCGCUGCUCGAACCCCUCCUCCUUUCCACCCGUUCAUCGUCUUCCAAGUAUCACACGGAGCUCCCUCAAAUACUCGCCAAUAAUGGCGGAGCAGGCGAGAUCGAGGAGACCACGAUGUGGUAUGCGCUCAAUUACGAAAAGGCUGGGGCCGGGGAAGGGGGGGAGGGAGAGAACGGUGCACAGGGCAGUAAUAGUGAGGAUGCAGUCAUAAUAGAGGACAAGUGGAAAAACGCUUGGCUCGAACGGUUAGAGCGUCGUGAAGUGCAGAUACAAAUCCUACUCUACCUAUUGAAACUUUCCUUGCCUGGUCCGUGUCGACCACUCCCACCUGUAACGAUACCACCUUCGGGAACAGGGAACGAUACAAAGCUGGCCAAGAAUGCGAAACGCAGAAAGGAAAAAUCAGUUACAGUAACGCCGUCCCCGACCGAGCGUUUGGAAUCGUUUAUGGACAAGCUCUCGACGUGGCAACUCAUAAGCAAGAUGGAUUCGCAGGGAAUGCACGGCGCGUCUUCAGAAGAACGAGACUGGAUGCAGACAUUUUGCGAAGACGUCGUUGAGCCGCAAUUCAAAACUACGUUCCCAGACAUGUGUGAAAUUCUACGAAGCAAAGUCUUUCCCCACUCACCGUUCGCUGAUGAUGAUUAUGGAAGCAACACAGACGUUGCUUCCAAUCGCUCCUCGUCACCAGCGCCAGUUUCUAAACCCUCCACUUCGAAAACCUCGAGGGAGAAGGAAGGUCCAAAGCAGAAUUUGCAUAGGUCAGCUUCCGUCUCGUCGACCACUGCUGGCUCAGAUUUAGGGGCUCGUUCGCGCUCGCUCUCUGUCUCCCUCGCGCAAGACGCCUCUACAAGGAGGUCAAAUUCGGCCACCUCCACAACACUGAAGCGAGCACUCAGUCGCGAAAUCCCAAGUCAUCGUCUCGCUCCGAAUGCCAAGAAACGGGUGAUGAAUGCACAAGGGGUCACCCUUGUCGCUGCUACCCCUACAAAAUCAGGUCCGGGUAAGCGAAGCAGGAGUGCGGGGGUGGGGCUAAUACGCAACCCUUCUCCUAUUCCGAUACUGAAUAUGGAGAUCGGCGAUCGGGAAGUGGAUCCUUUCGAAGUGCAAGAUGAAGAGAUUUGGUUGCCAGACAGCUCUCCAGACUUGCUGCUUCUGCGAGCUCGCGAGCACUCUUCAUCUUCGUCAUCGUGUCUCGACUCUUUCAAUAACCAGGACGACGACGGUGAUGACGAUAGUGAUAUAGAAAUGCAGACGCCGGUGAAGAAACGGUUGCGUUUGUGAUCACCGCGCCUUGGUACAACCAUUAGAUAGUUGUGAGUCCGCGGAUGAGAUUAUCCCGGUAUUACGCUAGGUACUCCCGAUACACGAAUACUAGAAAGAUCUGCCUUCGGAGUCGAAGUUAACUUUCUCGGUAUAGUACGUAGUUGUCCUCAGGAAGCGACUUUGGCGGGGGUGACACUGCGCCAUGGGGCCCAGUCACGUCUGCGGAGACGCCGUAGCGUGGAACAUACGCACGAGGUGGAACGCGAUUACCACAUAAAGUGGACAGUGACGAUUUACGACAAUAAAUUUCUUUUGUCAAUCAACACUAGCACAUAACGGUGGUGUGGCAUGAUGUUCGUAAUUAUGGCAUAAUCAGGC